GACUACUCCUAAAAGGGGUACACCUCCUCGCAUUGAUAUAUAAAAACAAUAUAUGACAUGCACGGUAAUAGAAGGUCGGUGAAGACGCGGUCAAUUAUGUCGACAAUCCUGUUUUGUUUCAACAGCAAUGUCAGAAAACGGCAAAGAACAAGAAGCAAGGAUUGGAUUCACAAGUGGGGAAAGCAGCCGUCAUUGAUGUAACCAUUGCCCCUUGUACGACGGCAGAGUCGUAUCCAUCUGUGGUUUUCAUAAAACUAUAGGAUCUUAUCCUGAGCAACCUUUGGAAGGAUCGCCAAGAACUCAUCCCUUUAUACAGUAACAAUCUCUCUUUCAGCUCUUUCUUGCAACCAGAUUGCGUCUUGAGCAUCCUCGGGGUACCCAUACCCACAGCAUCUUUAAAGCAUCCCGGAAGUGACAGCAUCAUUUGGUCUUCAGGAAGAAGCGACGCAUCAUCGCCAGUGCAUUGACAACAACGGUCAGACCAAUGAAGUGACCAGAAGGAUAUGAUGUCAUCCUUCCAGGUGGUGGACUCAUCGCCUGGCAGCAGCUUGAGCAUCAUGGAGACGUCCAACUUUGCCCAUGUCAUCUUUCAGAACGUGGGGAAGAGUUUCCUACCGCAAGCACCUCUGGAAUGUUGCUACACACUGACCCCGUACAUUACGCCUCACCCUAAAGACUGGGUGGGCAUUUUCAAGGUCGGCUGGAGCACGGCCAGGGAUUACUACACCUUCCUUUGGUCUUCGAUGCCCGAGAGCUAUGAGCCAGGCAGCACAGUGCAGAGGAGUGUGGUGUUCCAAGGCUAUUACGUUCCCAAGUCUGACGGGGAGUUCUACCAGUUCUGUUACGUCACCCACACGGGUGACAUCAGAGGUGCCAGCACGCCCUUCCUGUUCAAACCGUCCACACCCACUGAUGAGCUCCUCACCGUCGCCGAGGACGACAGCCACUCCGACAUAUUGGUGGUCACCACAAAGACUGGCCUGUUAGAGCGCGUGGAGGAGGUGCAGCAGGAGCGCCGGGAGCUGCAGAAGGCCAUGCGCCUCCUGCAGGAGGAGAAGCAGCAGCUGCAGGAGGAGCAGAAGCGCCUGGCCAGGGAGAGGGAGCAGGAGAGGGAGACGUGCAGCCUGCUGAGGAGCCACAAUCAGGAGUUGCUGCGGUCGUCGCAGGGCCUGUCGGAGGAGCGCGAGGAGGUGCGGAGAAGGCUGUGUGAGGCCUGCGAGCGGGUCCGGCACCUGGAGGAGGAGCUGCGGGGAGUGUCCCAGAGGAGCCUGCAGAAGGAGACGGAGUUGGACUGCCUCCGCGAUAGGCUGAAGAAGCAUGGGUCCGAGCGAGACCGCCUGGAGAGCCAGCUGAAAAACGAACGGGACGAGAGGGACCGCUACAAGGCCCAUCUGCGCAGCACGGAGCUGGAGAACACCAAGCUGAGUGCCGAGCUGCAGAUGCUGAAGGCGGUGGAGCUGAACCGGGAGGUGACCAUCGCCCAGUUCCAGGAGGAGCUGGAGCGCAUGCGGGCGUGCCUGGCCCAGCGGGACGGCCUGGAGAAGGAGCUGCACAACCACCAGGCCCACAAGGCGGAGCUGGCCCGCGUGCGGGAGCAGCUCCGUCAGGCCGAGGACCAGCUCCAGGCGUCCCGGCAGCAGGCGUCCCUCCUGGCCGCCGAGCUGCGGGACUCCACGGGGGCCCGGGACCGCGGCAUGGCCGAGCUGUACCGCGCCCGGCUGGAGGCCGAGAAGCUGCGGGCCAGCCUGGCCGACGCCCAGGCCGAGUGCCGCCGCAUGGAGAGCCAGCUGGACCGCCUGAGGAGCGCCGCGCUGAAGGAGGCGCAGAGUGUUGUGGCCUGCCUGGAGGGCGGGGCCAGUGGGGAAGGCGGGGCCAGUGGCAGCAGCCUGGCUGUGGUUUCGGAGGCGGAGGCGGAGCUCCAGAGGGAGGUGGAGGAGCUGAAGCUCCGCCUCCACAUGGCAGCCGAGCACUACAAGGAGAAGUACCGGGAGUGCCAGCGCCUCCGCCGGCAGGUGGCCAAGCUCAGCGAAUCACAGGGGGAGCCAAAGAGGAACGCAGCUACAGAGACGACCCAGGGACCCCUGGCCUAUAGUCCAGAGUCCCCGACAACAGACAGCAUUGCCGACGCGGUCCUGCGCGGCAGCGCCGAGAUGACCAUCGCCCUGGAGGCGGCCUACCUGGGGGCGCCCGGCCCCCCCGCCACGCCCACCCCGGCCGCCGCCACUUCGGAGGAGAGACGGGGGCAAGGCGCGGCCCAGGCAGCCGAGGAGCGAGGAGGAGGAGGAGGAGCGCGGCCAGGGGGAGACGACGAUGAAGGAGGGCCGGGGGAGCAGGAGAAGGCGGGAGAGGCGGGAGCGAGGGAUCGCCUCCCGGAGGAGAGCCUGCGCAUGACGAGCUGGGUGGAGAGUGUGAGUGAGCUGGAUGGGGAGGUGGAGGCGGAGCUGGAGCAGACACGCUCGGUGGAGGAGGAGCUGGCCGCCAUGGAGGAGAAGUGGAAGGAGCAGUGCGCCAUCAACGAGACGCUCAAACAGCGGCUGGCCAAUGAGGAGGAGCGAUUCAAAGUGCAGAUGUCGGAGCGUGCCAACGAGGUGACGGAGCUGAAGCGCAGGCUGGCCCAGGCCCUGCGUGAGAAGGAGCAGAUGCAGGAGGAACUGCAGCGCUGCGUGUCCAGGCGAAGGGAGCCGGUAACUGGGGACCAGGUGUCCGAGGUCCGGCAGCCCGUGGUGCUCCGCUACCCCCUGCCCUACCCACAGGACCCCUCCCCGCCCCCCCUGGUGCCACACAGGCCCGCCGAGCUGCAGUUCGGCAACCCCUACUCCACGGGCAGCGACACGCGAGCGGACAGGGCAGACGGAGCGCCGCCCCCCGAGCAGACGUCCCGCCCGCCCCCUGAAGCGCCGCUCUGCGCCGGACCCCCGGCCCACGCCAGCGCUCCCGAGACCCCCGCUAGAACCGAGGCGGCGGCGGGGGAGGAGGAGGGGGAGGAGGGGGAGGACGGGGCCGGGGCCGGCUGGGAGGCGGAGGUGGUCUGCAUCCAGCCCGCCCGCAGCGUGAGCCCCCCCGACGGCCUGGAGCCCCCCCCGGAGGAGCCCCGCAAUGUGGCUGAUGCGGCUCAGCCGGCCUGUGAUCAUCAGUCCAGCAGACGCAAUGAGGCCAGGGGCAGCUUCUGCUUUGACUCAAGCAGCGAGGUGCACAAGCGCUGCCCACUGUGCGAGGUCAUCUUCCCGCCGCACUUUGAGCAGCGCACGUUCGAGCAGCACGUGGAGAGCCACUGGAAGGUGUGCCCCGUCUGCUCGGAGCAGUUCCCCCUCAACUGCCAGCAGCAGCUCUUCGAGAGGCACGUCCUCACGCACUUUGACGGCCACGUGCUCAAUUUUGACCAGAUCGACUGAAUACCUG